AUGUCGACUACCGAAUCCGUGGUGACGAUCGCUGCCGACAAGCUUUCAUCAACCGUUGCUGUUCCUGAGCCUCCUGCACCAGCUCCACCACCCUUAUCCCCUCCUGAACCGACUGUGCGCAAUCAAGCACCUGGCAUCCCCGAUCGAAGAAAGUCUCUGCGCCCAGGCAAGCGCGAGUCGCGUGGAGGCAGGAAAAGCAGCGGAUCAAAGAGGCUCUCUGUCGUGACCAUGGCUUCGGAGAUGCGGAUCAAGGACGAUGAUGAGGACAGACAGGAAACCUUUGAGGAUGCAACUUCUACCCCGCGACCCUCGUCGGUCGAACCCCAGAUCGUUGAAGAGCAGGCGGCCGAGGAUGGAGAGAAAGACCAGGGCGGCCUAGGAAUCAGCGGCGCCGAGACUGUCAAGGCGCGUGCGGUGGAAAGCAAUGAAGAUGGCAGUGUCAAGACCUACACUCCGAAGAGAUCCACCAGCCAGGAGCGGGAAGAAGAAGAGGUCGCACCGGAAGUGCUCGUGCGUGAAGCGACAGCCGAAGAGCACAAGGACGAAGACGACGGCAAGAGCAGCCAUUCGCGCCAGACGACCCUCGAGAGCGUGCAACUCCCGCCUCCACGCGCAGCUUCCCCAAUGUCGCGCGAUCGCAGCGUGUCGCCCAGCAAAGUCGGCUCGCGCCAGCACUCGCCCAUGCGCACCAUGCGAGGACUGUCCGGAGACUUGCCCAUCCCCACACCACCGCCAUCAUCAGCAGACCGAAUGCACGCGUUGGAGCAGCGACAAGCGAACGAUCGAGUCUCGUCACCGCCUCCUCCAGGACCUCUGCGGAAAGCCUCCAGUGGAUUCGGCGCGCUUUUGGGGAGGAUGGGCAGUAUUAGGAAGCCCGCCCGAUCACCCCCUGCGCCGAGACAAGAGAGUCGGUUCAGUGAAAGACGAGGCACGAGCGCUUCAGCUGCUUCAGACGGCCUGCCAAUAAUUCAUGAUGGUGGGAAGCCAAGCCUCCAAGAUCAAUUCACUAGCCUCCGCAGGCAAGAAGAGUUCCACAGCCACGAGGCGAACGGGGUCGCAGAAGACAAGCAGGAAGAUGCGCAUGCGAGCGGUGACAGUGAACCAACUUCGAGCCCUCCCCGCCAUGAAAGAUCAGACUCGACAUCAGGCCUCAAAUCACCGCCUCUCAACCCAAGUCUGCCGCCUGGGACCGCUUCUGGCAUGUCAGCUGGUCCUGCAGCAGAGCCAAGAGAAGUCAAUUGGGAUCUGUGGCAACAAGUUGUUUAUGAGGGACCAGCAGCGGUAGCAAGAACCAGCGGCGAAGAGCUGAAUCAAGCCAUCACUUCUGGCAUCCCUCCAGCGAUACGCGGUGUUGUAUGGCAGGUAUUGGCUGAAAGUAAGAACGAAGAGUUGGAGAACAUAUAUCGCACUCUCAAGGCUAGAGGGACAGACGCUGAGCAUCAGAGGCCUCCAAACUCGCGAACGGGAUCCAGUGUUACUCUCAACGGUGUCAAUGGGGACAAAGAGGCAACGUCUGAUGCUUCAAGUGAGCACUCAGAGCGAUCCACGACUGCUAACUCCGGAAUGGCCAGCCCACCGACUUCAGUGGAGAGCAAUGCCCCGGAGUUGAAGUCAAAGCUGCUUGAAGAGAAGACGAAGCGCGAGUCACUUGCACUGCAGAAGCUUGAAAAGGCGAUAAAGCGAGACAUGGGUUCGAGGACGUCCUACUCCAAGUACACGCAAUCAGCUGGCCUCCAAGACGGACUUUUCGGCGUGUGCAAAGCCUAUGCACUGUUCGACGAGGGUGUCGGCUAUGCACAGGGCAUCAACUUCAUUGCAAUGCCGCUCCUUUUCAACAUGAGCGAGGAAGAAGCAUUCACACUCCUGGUCAGGCUCAUGGCCAAGUACGAUCUGCGAAGCAUGUUCACGCCUGAUAUGACAGGCCUACAUCUGCGACUAUAUCAAUUCGAAAGACUGCUCGAGGAAUACGAACCGGCUGUCUACUGCCACCUCCGAAGACGAAACGUCGGCCCUCAGCUAUAUGCAACGCAAUGGUUCCUGACACUGUUCGCUUACCGGUUUCCGCUGCAACUAGUGUUACGGAUUUACGAUUUGAUCCUCAGCGAAGGGCUGACGGCCAUCCUAAAGUUUGGCAUUGUUCUGAUGCAGCAUAACCGGGCAGCCCUGCUGGAGAUGAAAGACAUGAGUCAGUUGACCAACUUUCUUAAGGAGAAGCUGUUUGACGUGUACAUUGACAAAUCCCCAUCUGCGUCAUCUCUUCUCGACUCCGGAUUCUUCGGCUCUGUCACUGGCGGUGCCGACAAGGAGUUGUACAGAGCAGAUGAGAUGGUGCGAGAUGCGUGUGAUAUUAAGAUUUCGGAUGAGACGCUUGCUAGGUAUACGAUUGAGUGGGAAGAGCAACAGCGACUGGAGCGCGACCGGGAGACUGAGUUGGAGAAUCUGCGAACAUCGAAUGCCGCACUUACUACCAAAGUGAAGGGCCUCGAAGAGCGUGUACAACAACACGAUGCCGAACACGUCAACAUCGCACAAGACUUGGUCAAGAUCAAGGUCGAGAACGACUCGCUCAUGGAUCAGAAUGAAGCGUUGAAGAUUCAGGUCGAAGAACUCCAGAAGCUUGUCGACGCACAACCCGCAGAGAUCGAGCAGAAGCUGAAGGACGAGAUGGAUCGCAUUAUGCAGCGGAAUAUCGAAGUGCAGAAUGAGAACCGCGCACUGAAGGAAGAGAUGGACGAGAUGGAGCAUGAGUUGGUGAAUGCGAAGAUGGCGCAUGCUCAGACGCAAUCAGACCACGACAGCCUCAAGCAGAAAUGGUCGAGCGUGCAGGCAUUGCUCAACGAGAGAUCAUAA